UUAUUAUAAUUUAAAUGGGAUUUGGCCGAUGAUUAGUCGCGUUAAUUGGCCCGUCGGAAUGUUUUUCCGCUGUUGUUCGAGUUUUUCGGCUUUGCCGUACGUUUUGCGCGUCCGUUUUGACGAUUUUCACCCGUAAUAUGUACCCUUGACAAUGUCAACAUCCGCCGCAGACACACUACGACACUUCCUUUUUCCUGGUUGCGAGUCUGGACGAUAUUUCGCCAUAUCGCCAAAUCCGCGUCGAACCGCAUAGUUUUCGCACCGAAGACAAUACCUAUCGACAGGGCUUUUCGCCGUAAACAAAAUAAUAAUAAACUCGAGUUUCGUUACUGAUAAGACCACUGUAAACGCGCAAGGGUGAUAAUUUAAGUAGGCCAGAACAUAGUUGACUACUCGUCUUCUUCUUCAUUGUCUUUUCCGGAUUUCCACUCGAAUUGCUUUAUCUAGCUUUUAAAAUUAGGCUAAAAUAGUUUUAGUCUUACCACACCAAAUAAAAAAACAAAAAAAAAACAUAUUCAAAUUUGUACCGCGUUCCUUCUUCUGUUAGUAGUUAACCAAAAUCAACAUUACUUCAACAUUACCAGCAAGCAUUGUGACAACUAUCAACUGAAAAAUCUUCUUUAUUGUUUAAAUAAUAUUUAAUUGAAACGUGUGCUGUGCAUUUGUAAUGAACCAACCGAAUACUUUAGAACUGUCUAUUUUAUAACAAUUAUUAUUAGUUUUUUAAAUUAGAUUAGAAAUCUUAUAUUUCACCCCCUUUUUUUUAAGUUUUCGUCGUAAGUUUAUUAUGAAGAAAUUUAUGUAACGACCAUAAUAAUAAUUUGUGUUCAAACAUAAAACCAGUUUAAAAAAAAGUACCUUGACUUGGUCAAGUGUCUUUUUUAAAACAUUUUUUUUAGAUAUUAAAAAUAUUACUGUGAUAUUGAUUUUAUUGGUAAUAAUGUAUUAUAUUAUAUAAAAUUUAUGUUAGGAGAUAGAUAGAUAGUAACUUACCAGUUUUAUAUUGGAAUUUUUGUUUGUAUUUACUUGUCAUCAAAAUAAAAAGUGUACAAAUAGUUACUUUUAAGCUAAAUCUAGUAUGUCGAACAACUCGCAGUGGAAUCUUUUCCAAUCUACCAUGUUGAAUGGCAGCGAUUCUUCAUCGAUGCUGAACUUCAAGACACUUUCGGCAUUGUCCAACUUGUCUAACAAUUUCACGUCGAGGUCAUCAAAUCACUCGCCGCCGCACACCAACUAUAACAACUCUCAGUCGAGUCAGAACUUCCCUAUGCCGUCGCAAUACCAGUCUUCGCAAUUCCAACAAAAAGAAUCUCCUUUGAACAACAUGUUCAACAAUGGAUUGCAGCAAUCUUCAAACUUUGACGUAUUCUCUUCCGACAAUACAGCUCCCAUUAGUCGUUAUCCUCCGGCAGGUAAUGACAUCUUCAGUAAUGAUACGGCUGCGACUGCAAGCAGUUCUAAUAAUUCCAACUUUUCAAACGAAUCGUUCGGAAACAAUCAAGGAGUGAGGGAAACCGGAAUCAUCGAAAAACUUUUGCAUUCUUAUGGAUUUAUCCAAUGCUGUGAACGUCAGGCUAGGUUAUUUUUUCAUUUCAGUCAAUUCAGUGGCAACAUAGAACAUCUUAAAAUUGGCGAUCCAGUUGAAUUCGAAAUGACGUACGAUAGACGAACCGGAAAACCUAUCGCUAGUACUGUCACGAAAAUUGCUCCCGAAGUGGUCUUAAGUGAAGAAAGAGUGACAGGCGUAGUAACAACAGAAUUAAGAACCGAAGGUUCUGGCGGCGAUUGCCAAGGAAGAAUAAGCUAUGAAAAUCGUGGAGAGUGUUUCUUUCUGCCUUAUAACAAAGAUGAUGUAGAAGGUAAUGUCACUUUGAGGACUGGCGAUCAAGUCAGUUUUCAAAUUGCCACCAAUCAAAGAGGCAAUUUGGGUGCCACGCAUGUUCGUCUUGAAAAUCCAGUUCACCCUGUGAAAUAUCAAGGAGUUGUCUGCUCCAUGAAAGACGUUUUCGGUUACAUAGAAAGGGCUGACAUUGUAAAAGAAAUUUCAUUUCCGUUUAGCGAGUUCAAAGACAACGGCAAACCAUUACAACUGGGUGACGAUGUGGAAUUCAUUAUUCAAACACGGAGUGGAAAGGAAGUUGCCUGUAACAUUGAGCGUUUACCGCCCGGUUCAGUAAUAUUUGAAGACAUCGAAGACAGUAUCAUGAAAGGACAAGUACUGAAGCCUUUGGACAAAAAUCCUCAAAAUCAUUUACCGUCUGAACCAUUGCCCGGACGCAUACGUUAUAGGGCUCCAGAUUAUUCGGAAGUGGAAGUUUCUUUUGGCGAAAAAGAUCAGCAGGGAGAUUUUACAUUGAGACAUGGCGAUUGGGUCGAAUUUCGAAUAGCAACCGAUCGACGAGAUCAAUUGAAAAGAGCAACUAACAUAUCUCUUUUGCCGGAGUCGUUUGUAGUGUCUGGCGAGAGAAGAGAACAAGGUAUUAUUGCCGUUUUGAAACAAGGGUUUGGUUUUUUACGUUCUGUUGAGAGGGAACCAAAAAUAUAUUUCACAUUUAAUGAAGUCCUCGACGUCAACAGAAAGUUGGAAUGCAACGAUGAAGUAGAGUUCACCGUCGCUCAGGAUCCAUCGUCUUCUUUUGGGAAUUCGAGACAAAGUGCCAUACGUAUAAAACAUCUGCCUCGUAAUUCCGUGCAGUUUGAAAUACUUAUUGAAGAAGGAUUAGUCGGGGUUGUGUCGGUCAUUGCAACAGAAUUAUCGGAACCAUCUAGUCCUACGAAAACCAAUAGUCAUAUACCUGAUGAAAUAACCUACGAACCGGGAGUGAUCACUUUACAAUCAAACGGCGUCAAAAGAACAAUACUGUACAAUGUCAAAGACUGUAACGGAAAAUAUAUACCAAAGCUGGGAGAUAAAGUGAAAUUUAAUUUGUAUCAAGUGAAACGUAACAAGGAACUGAUGGCCAUGAAUAUUCAACCAGCUUCAUCGGUCUCUAACAAUAGUAAUCCGUCUGAAGAGCCACCUAAUCGUGCGGACUUAAAGUACGGUUAUAUUGCUGCGCUCAAAGAUGGAUUUGGUUUUAUCGAGACCAUUGCGUUAGAUUCUGAAGUAUUCUUCAGAUACGCAAAUUUGACUGAUCCUAAUGCGCCGUUAGAACUGGGCAUGGAAGUAGAAUACACGCUAAGCACUAGAAACACUGGCAACGGCGGCAGUUGUGCGUCAGCUGAAAACGUUCGAAUUCUACCGCCGGGCAGUAUAAGCGAUAACAGCGAAUUGCUUCAACCGAAUAACAUCCAAGAUGGUGUCGUUUCCAGACCGUUGCGAUCAGUCAAUCCCGAACAAACUGAAUACGCCGGUAUCAUCCAAGAAGUACCUACGACCGAAGAAGAAAACAUUUCACAGUAUGAAUUCGGAAUCAAAGGAUUAAUGAACAAAAGAGAAUUGUUGCAAGUCGGUGAUCCGGUUCAGUUCCAAGUGGAUUCGAAAAAUCGAGCUGUUAAUAUUAUCGCAAUAAGGAAGAAACAAAGAGCUCACGUUGAUGCGAUAAAAGGACUAUUUGGGUUUUUAACUUAUGAAGUCGAAGGUGGUAAAAAAUUAUUUUUCCACACAUCUGAAGUAACUGACGGAAUUAAACUUCACCAAGGUGACUUAGUCGAAUUUGUAUUGGUUGUAAACCAGAGAUCUGGAAAAUCUUCAGGCUGCAAUGUCACAAAAAUCAGUUCUGCUGAAAAUUCCCCGCCUAAACAACCGUCUCAGCGGCCGGAACAUUUGAUCAAUCGCAUACGUACUAUAUCCGUAAAGGACGAUGGUUCACCGAAAUUGAUAGUCGUCCGUCAGCCAUCGGGUCCGGAUGGAACUAAUGGAUUUGAUACAAACGCUCGUAAACCACACAGUCCAGGGCAAUUGAACGAAAUUUAACGCUAUUACGACAAAACUCACAUUUGACUACCAUUUUGACCAUUUAUUUCCCAAUGCAGAAUUUUUAUCACUAUUAUUAUUAUUAUAUUACUACCUAUUUAUUUUUCUUUUUGUAAUAAAAUAAUGAGCUUCCAAACUAAAUGAUAUAAAUAUAUAUAUAAAAAAAAAAAACUAGUCUUGGAAAAUAGGUCGUCGACUUAAAUUGUAACCAAAUGUCUAGCGUUUAAUAUAUUCUAAAACUCAAGUUUUAUUUUGGA